GCGUGAGAAAGUUGCCAUUGAGGUAAAGCAGAGCUGGACAGAGGACCGUGUUCCCGCCGCCGUGGGAGUUGUUGUUAUCAAAACUAACGACAUAUUUCCUCUUUUUUCUACUCUUGAAAGCUAUUUUGAACGUGGCUCUGCAUCCAAGCUCAACGGGGAAGUAAAUAUUUCUGUUUUUGUUGACCGUCCAACCGCCGGCCAGCGACCGCGGCGAGUCAAGUGGGAACUCUUCACUGCAAUUAACUUGUGUGGAUUUGUUUCUGAUGCUCCGGCGGCUGUUUGCGGCCGUCUGUUGAUGUUUGUUUCUUCGGUCGGUUCUCUGUUACUCGGAAUACAUCACCAAACAAACGCUGGAGUGACUGAGGUGGCUCCAGCCCUUCUCACCUGGUUCUUUUGCCCUCCUCCGCCUCCUUCUUCCUCCCCCCUUCGGCUGCCUCCGGCUAAUGAGCCGUUUCCCGUGUUUUUCCGGCUGAUUUACGGUCGCACUACCGGUGGAGCGGGAGGAGAGACAACGACCGAGAAGACAGCAGCGGAGGGAAGCAGGGAUUCACGUUAAACGGUCGGUGAACCCAAACGGAGCGGCGGGGGUCGGUCGUUUUUUUUGUUUGAAAUGAACGACAGUUGGUCCUAAUAACGCCGGCGGAUGGAUUCAUUUCCGUGAUCUGGAGCUUCCCCCAUCAUCCUCACUGUGCCCCCGUUUGAUCCUCACUUUUAAGAAGGAAACGUUUGCAUCCUACCGGAGAAAGCAAUGUUUCCCCAGGGGCGACACCCGACGCCCCACCAGGCUCCAGGCCAGCCCUUCAAGUUCACCAUCCCAGAGUCGCUGGACCGCAUCAAGGAGGAGUUCCAGUUUCUUCAGGCGCAGUACCACAGUCUCAAACUGGAGUGCGAGAAGUUGGCCAGUGAAAAAACUGAGAUGCAGCGGCACUAUGUCAUGUACUAUGAGAUGUCGUAUGGCCUCAACAUUGAAAUGCACAAACAGACUGAGAUUGCCAAAAGACUAAACACCAUCUGUGCACAAGUCAUUCCCUUCCUCUCACAGGAGCAUCAGCAGCAGGUGGUUCAAGCUGUGGAGCGAGCCAAACAGGUGACCAUGGCAGAACUUAAUGCUGUCAUCGGGGUACGUGGACUGCCAGGUCUUCCACCUACACAGCAACAUCUAUCUCAUAACCAUGGUGGUGCCCCUGUGCCCCUCACUCCUCACCCUGCUGGCCUCCACCCCUCUCAGCUAGGUGGUUCAGCUGGUCUCCUGGCUCUGUCUGGAGCACUUGGUGCCGUUCCUCCCCAUCUGAUGGGAAAGGAUGGCGGUGACAAAAAGCCUCACUUGUCUGGACCAGACUCACACCCAGCAGGACCUGAACACCUGAGAGAGCGAGAGCCCGGCACAAGUAACUCAUUGCUGCCAGAAAGUCUUAGGAACUCAGAUAAGCGACGCAAUGGACCUGACUUCCCAAAUGACACCAAGAAACGCAAGGUGGAUGACAAGGACUCUAGCCACUAUGACAGCGAUGGGGAGAAAAGUGAUGAUAAUUUAGUGGUGGAUGUCUCGAAUGAGGACCCAGCCUCCCCUCGUGGCACACCUCUUCCCUCCCCUAGAGAAAACGGCUUAGAUAAAGCACGUCUCCUCAAGAAAGAUCCCUGUAGUCCAGCCUCUACUGCAUCAUCAGCCAGCUCCUCCUCGCUUAAGUCCAAAGAGAUGGCAAUGCGAGAUAAAGCAGGGACACCGGGGCUAAAGUCAAGCACACCUACACCUAGAGGUGACUCCACUCCUGGUCCGAGUUCCACACCAGGAAUCCGACCAAGUCUCUCAAAACCUCCGUCCAUGGAGAUACCACAUCCACCAACUGCAGGUUUGCGAACUCCCCUGGCUGUACCAGGCCCAUAUCCAGGUGCGUUUGGUAUGUUGCCCCAUGCAGCAGGAAUGAAUGGGGAGCUAGCUGGAGCAGCUGGGGCAGCAGCCUAUGCUGCUGGACUGCACAACAUGUCACCUCAGAUGAGUGCUGCUGCUGCAGCCGCUGUGGCUGCAUACGGCCGUUCACCCAUGGUUGGUUUUGAUCCUCAUCCUCACAUGCGAGUUCCUGGAAUGCCUCCUAGUCUGACAGGAAUCCCUGGUGGCAAACCUGCCUACUCCUUUCAUGUUGCGGCUGAUGGACAGAUGCAGCCAGUUCCUUUCCCCCCAGAUGCUUUGGUGGGCCCAGGAAUCCCUCGCCAUGCCCGUCAGAUCAACACACUGAACCAUGGAGAGGUUGUGUGUGCUGUUACCAUCAGUAACCCCACCAGACACGUUUACACAGGAGGAAAGGGUUGUGUCAAGGUCUGGGAUAUUAGUCACCCAGGAAACAAGAGCCCCGUGUCCCAGCUCGACUGUCUGAACCGAGACAAUUACAUCCGCUCCUGUCGUCUCCUCCCUGAUGGUCGGACCCUUAUUGUGGGAGGUGAAGCAAGCACAUUGUCGAUUUGGGAUUUGGCCACACCUACACCUAGGAUUAAAGCAGAGUUAACAUCAUCAGCACCAGCCUGCUAUGCUCUGGCCAUCAGCCCGGAUUCCAAGGUCUGCUUCUCUUGCUGCAGUGAUGGAAACAUCGCAGUUUGGGAUUUACACAACCAGACGCUCGUUAGGCAGUUCCAGGGCCACACAGAUGGAGCCAGCUGUAUUGACAUCUCCAACGACGGCACCAAGCUGUGGACUGGAGGCCUGGAUAACACUGUCCGCUCCUGGGAUCUGCGGGAGGGACGGCAGCUGCAGCAGCAUGACUUUACAUCACAGAUCUUCUCUCUUGGAUACUGUCCAACAGGAGAAUGGCUUGCUGUUGGGAUGGAGAGCAGCAAUGUUGAGGUCCUUCAUGUCACCAAGCCUGACAAAUACCAGCUUCAUCUACACGAGAGCUGUGUACUCUCUCUGCAGUUUGCCUACUGUGGUAAAUGGUUUGUGAGCACAGGAAAGGACAACUUACUGAAUGCAUGGAGAACACCCUAUGGAGCCAGCAUAUUCCAGUCUAAAGAAUCAUCGUCGGUGCUAAGCUGUGACAUAUCUGUGGAUGACAAGUACAUUGUUACUGGUUCAGGGGACAAGAAGGCCACUGUUUAUGAGGUCAUCUACUGAAAAUAUGGAAAGAAUGCAAGGACAUUUCUUUGCUCCCACACAUCUAAUAUGCUUCUAUAAUUUUUCACGUGGACCCAGAAAUCGCAAACAGGCGUGACCUUAAUGAAGCAUUGUUUUUUUCUGUUAUUUCUGCUGAAGAUACACAGAGAGGGGACAAACAUUUUACAGGUGCACGUCUGUUGUGUCUGUGUACAUGACGCCUCAUCGGCUGGAAAUUUGGUGGAGCAGUUGGAUAUUAAUGGAAGUAGAGGAAUUGUUUGGAUGUUGGUCCCUACUGCUUUCUGCUGUGGAGCUACCUGGAAUCCGUUACAGGGACCAGAAAAUGACCAAAGGGGACUCUGGAUUGUUUGGACUGGAACCGUCUCUUCUGAUGACACUGUACUGAUCAUCAGAUAAUGAUGCUAGAAUCAGUGGGCAGAGAUGCUAGAAAGAACUUUCAGACCCAAAGGGUGAAUAUGUAAACAGAUGGCUGAUGGAAAGGGCAAAGGGUGGACAGAAAUGGGCCGAAUUUUCAAGAGAUGGAAAAGAAGCAAUAGAUGAGCAGGCAAGUGAACAUUUUAGACAGUGAAUGCAGAAUGUCUGUUCUGCUUCAGACAAUGCUCACAGCCCCUUGAUCCCUCAGCUACGACUCUUUGACCUUAGAACCUCAGCUUGCCGUUCUGAUACGCCUACACUGUCUGAAAAGUACCUUUUCUUUCUUUCUUUCUUAACAGUAAGUUCUAUCCUCACUAACUGCACUGUAGUGCUAGCUGUCCACCGACAUGCUGUACUUAAUUACUUAAAAUACACAAAUGGUUAUCGUAGCUGACUUGUCUAACAUUAUAUUGCUGUUAACUUCUAUGAUGAGCUCUUUUGAGCCUCAUCUGACACAGUAGAUUUUUCUAAUUCGUACCAAUAUCGGAUGGAAAAUGAUUUAAAAUAUUCUGUUUUGUGGGGGAAAAAGAGCUUACAAAGUCAGAUAAGCUCCAAAAACAGGACAGUGUGUUAAAAAUACUGCUAAAAAAGCUUUAAUUCUGGUUGCCCUGAAAAACGUUCUCCUUUCAUACAUCUGAUCCAGGUUAAGACACCAAUUAGGGGAAACCUGAAGUAAAGAGACUGAAUUAAUUCUCAAAUUCUGUUAAUCAUCCUUUCCUUAUACGGCUGUUUAAACAGAUUAUUUUCCUACUUGUGUCUUUUCACGUAACUGAACUGCACACACACUGAAGUCUUCAAGAUAUUGGAGAGGAGAGGGACACAAUGUAAGCUUUCAUACUGUGAUUUCUUUUGUUGAUUUCUUAGCCCUUAUGCCAUAUACUUGAGCAGCAGUGUGUGUCAUCCACUGAUCAGCUUAUUGGUUUGGAGUGAGUCGUCCCCUUUAUUCUUACAAUUAGUGUAUUGACCUGAAAACACUUCACAGAAUCAGCACAUCUUUGCUGUUGCAAGCUUAUCUCAACUCUGCCUUUGCCAGUCUUUCAAACACAUGAUGUCUUAUUAUAUGGACAGCUAAUUACGCUUCCUGAACCACAACCAAUCAAGAUUAUCUUAACACAUGAUUUACUUUUCUUGAAUGUAUAGAAAAAUCCUGAGUGAACAAGAGAAAAAAACUCGACACAUUGCAGACUUACUAAACAAAUGACAUCCUCUUUUUGCCAUAUAGUGUCACUUGUUUCAACUUGUAUUCUUGAAGUGGGACAUUAGCAAAGACGCCUUGAAAAGUAAAAUGCUGUCAUGAUGCUUUUUUUUUUUUCACUUUUCGAAGAGUAUUGUAAGAGUAUAAGCAAGAUUAAAUUAUUUUUCAAGAUAGUCUUAUGGAGGAGUAAAGAGAAGGUGCAGUCAUACUUUGGCACCAGGACAGACUCAUUCAGUUUCAGCCAUUUUUAAAACUUGUUAAUUUCAUGACCUUGUGCUUAGUUCUUUUUUUUUUUUUAAAUAUAUUUUUGUCUGUAAAAAUGUAUAUAUGUUUUUCUUUUCUUACAAGACAUGCUUUAGGAAUAACAAACUGUUUUUGUACGUCUUUUACAUGGAAAAGAAACAUUUAAUCGGGAGAAAUACUAAACGGUCUUAAUGCUAGUGAAGCUAAAAUGAUUGAAAUGUCUAGACAAUAAAUGUGUUUUUUUUGUAA